AUACCAUCCAAACGUCGAUAUCUCUCAACGAUUCCUACUUUCUUCACGUUUCCUCUUAAUUAAUCUUCCCUUCAUCUGAACAGCGACCUAAUCGUCCCAAGCAGGUAUAGCGAUGGCGUUUCGGCUGAGCAACAACCUAAUUGGAAUCCUCAACAUUAUAACUUUCUUGCUCUCGAUUCCGAUCCUCGUUGCUGGAAUCUGGCUGAGAAGCCACGGCUCCACGGAAUGCGAGCGCUUCCUCGACACGCCGGUUAUCAUUGUCGGUGUCUUUCUCAUGGUCGUCUCUCUGGCCGGCUUGAUCGGCGCGUGCUGUGGCGUCAACUGGCUGCUCUGGUUGUACCUCGUGGUCAUGUUUAUCCUGAUCCUCGUUGGCAUCUGCUUCACGGUUUUCGCUUUUGUGGUGACCAAUAAAGGAGCCGGAGAGGUGGUGUCCGGCAGGGGGUAUAAACAGUACCGGCUCGGUGAUUAUUCCAACUGGUUGCAGAAGAGAGUCAACGACACUAAGAAUUGGAACAAGAUCAAGAGUUGCUUGAUCGAUAGCAAGGUUUGCUCCACUUUUAAUGAAAAGCAUCUCAAUGAUACUCUCGAGGAGUUCUACAAAGAGGAACUCACUGCCAUUCAGUCUGGUUGCUGCAAGCCAUCAGAUGACUGUGGAUUCACCUAUGUCAGCCCAAUUAACUGGACCAACACUACCGGGAACUACACCGACACUGAUUGUAGUGCCUGGAGCAAUGAUCCAAGCACUCUAUGCUUCAACUGCAAUUCGUGCAAGGCUGGCCUGCUAGACAACAUCAAGGGCCAAUGGAAGAAGGUGGCCAUUGUCUGCAUCGUGUUCCUCAUUUUCCUCAUUGCUACAUACUCAAUCGGUUGCUGUGCAUUUAGGAACAACCGGAGAGACAAUUACAACUAUGGGUGGAAGGCUUGAGUUCAUUUUAUUUUGGAUCAGAGUGAAUAUCAUCAGCAUGUAGGCAGCAUUUUGUUGAUUCCUUCUCUUUUCUGUGGUCCGUUUAUUUGCGUAUUUUCGCUGUAUAGCCAUCCUCCUCGAUUCUGAGUAUCCUUAGAACUUAUGUUUGUAAACGUAUUCUAGUAUACUGCUUUCUAGAACAAUCUAUUUGUUUUUUUUAGUGUAUGAUUGCAUUUUCUGUUCCUCACAAGCCUUAUCCUACUUAGCAUUCUCUCCUUGAAAAUAUCUUCCUUCAAUUUCUUACAAUCCUGUACCCGGAUGUUGAAAUUCUACACCACAAAAAGAUGGCCAAUUGCCCAUGUUCCAGUUAUUGCCUUUGUUGGAGCAGUCUCUUUCAGAAUAAGAUAGUGGCAGGUAUCGUCUAAACAAAAAUCAGCAUUUGGACGAAUUGCGAAGUGGGAGACAAAAGGGUAUUGGUGAUUUGAGUGGGAUUGCAAAAGAUAGAAGGUAUAUCAAGGUUUUCAGACUGGUAGUUGAAAUGAGACAACCUCAUUUCCCACCCACCGACGUUUUGCUUGUGGAAUCAAUCAUGCGAAAGAAAACUUUUUAUAGGCUUAGCUUAAGUCGCAUAGACUGUCGUGGCAAAUAUUGUUUUUCUUGAUCGUCUCAUGACUCCAUGUUUCAGUUAUUGUCCUCACCAAAAUGCAACUGUUGCAGAUUUUGAUGUAGCUAGAAAUUCAGAAAACACAUCAAAGUAAAAGAAUAUUGAUGGUCAGGACAACCUAUACAAAAUUCUGCAAAAUGGGUUGGAACACCUUUUUGUGAUCUUAAUUUAAACCAAAUUAGACUGUUUUGAAGGAAUAAUACUAAGCAGAAAACAUUUGAAAUCCAAAUCUGUAUUAAACUGAUUCCAUGGUG